UAUUCAAUAAUGUGAUGGCCUUACUAUUACCAAGAAGAGUUUAAAGCUUUUUGCUGACUUUUAUUCUUCCGAUAUUAUAAUUGCGUCACCGUUGGGUUUACGAACAAUCAUUGGCGCUCAGGGUGAACCUGACAGGGACUAUGACUUCCUAGCCUCUGUAGAAAUGUUAAUUUUAGAUCAAACCGAAAUAUUUUUAAUGCAAAAUUGGGACCACGUUUUGCAUAUUUUCAAUCACAUUCAUCUUCAACCUAAAGAUUCACAUGGGACAGACUUUUCUAGAGUUAGAACAUGGGCAUUAAAUGGUUGGUCCAAGUACUACAGGCAAACGUUAAUUUUUUCGUCGGUAGUCUUGCCAGAAAUAAAUGCAAUUUUUAAUAAUAAAUGCUUCAAUUAUGCAGGUAAAGUAAGGGCAAUUAAUCUCACAAAAUUCGGCACAAUUUGCCAAGUUUAUGUGCAGUUACCUCAUGUCUUUCAAAAAUUUUAUACUGAAAAUAUCAUAGAUACGGUUGAGGAAAGGUUUAAAUUUUUUAUUAACAAAAUUGUGCCCCAACAUAUGGACACACUAAUGCGACAGACGUUAAUUUAUGUGACUAAUUAUUUUGAUUUUGUACGAUUAAGAAAUCAUUUCAAGCGAGAAGACAUUGGAUUUGUACAAAUUUGUGAAUAUAGCAAAGAAGGGAAGGUUGCUAGGGCUCGGGAUAUGUUUUUUCAUGGAGAUGCGCAUUUUCUUUUAUAUACUGAAAGGUUCCACUUUUUCAACCGAAUUAGGGUAAAGGGAAUAAGGCAUUUGAUUUUUUAUUCUCCACCAAAUGUUCCACAUUUUUAUUAUGAGAUGUGUAACCUUAUGCAGGAGUCGAAUAUGAACAAAAAAAUAGGCAGUAUGUCUAACAUGACUGUUACUGUAUUAUAUUCGAAGUAUGACAUCAAUCAGUUAUCAGCAAUCGUAGGAACGGACAGGGCUGUGAGAAUGAUCGAGUCCGAACGAAAUGUUCAUAUGCUGGUAACCGAUGCUAAAAAUACCGAUACUAUAUAAUAUUAUUGUAAAAUAAAUUAUUUUUGUAAUUUAUGAACGUUAUAAAUAUUACAACUGUCUUUUUUU